UAUGUGUUGACAAAUGUACGGCCUAUNGGUACAAAUACCGGUCAAUAUACACAAUUUGUUGGUCCAGCAAUGGAAAAUGUUUACAACGCGUUAACAUCAGCAGGGUUGCAAGAUCAAAUUAAGGUCUCAACCGCAACAUACUUAGGACUCUUAACAAACACCUACCCACCAAGCGAUAGUAUUUUUCGUGAAGAAUACAAAAGCUUCAUUAAUCCUAUAAUCGAAUUUCUAUCACGAAAGAACCUCCCACUCUUAGCCAAUAUUUACCCUUAUUUUGGCCAUAUUGAUAACACUAACGACGUUCCUCUUUCUUAUGCACUUUUCAACGAUCAAGGGACUAAUUCUGCGGGAUAUCAAAAUCUUUUUGAUGCCCUUUUGGAUUCAAUGUAUUUUGCUACGGAGAAACUUGGAGGACAAAAUAUUGAGAUCAUUGUAUCGGAAAGUGGUUGGCCUUCUGAGGGACAUCCUGCAGCAACUAUGGAAAAUGCACAAACUUAUUAUACGAAUUUGAUUAAUCAUGUGACAGGAGGGGCUGGAACACCAAAGAAACCUGGAAGUACGAUAGAAACUUAUUUAUUCGCCAUGUUUGAUGAAAAUCAAAAGGAUGGAAAAAUAAGUGAGCAACAUUUUGGACUCUUUUAUCCUGAUCAGAGGCCAAAGUAUCAACUCAAUUUCAAUUGAUGAUAUCAUGUUAUAAUUAAUAUAUAGUGCUAUGAAUAAUAAGGAGAAAUUUGUGUCUUUCUCCUCAAUAAAAUGAUAGCAUAUCUUAUAAUUAAUAUGUGUUGACAAAUGUACGGCCUAUUGUGUAACCUUGAUAUCAAUAUAU